GAACUAGUUCCUCAAGAGAGCAAUGUAGGUUGUGUAAAAUGGAGAUCCUUCAGCUUACGAUAGGAUAUCUCUUUGGACAAUUAUACGUUUUAUUUGCUGAUGGUUGUUCCGUAGGUGACAUCGCCGGAAGAUGUGACGAUACGGAAUUUUGUUUCUGUAAAAAUGGUGAAUGGAGAAAAACUAAUUUAUCAAUCGCUAAAACCAUCGAACCUACACUAACAUCGUUCAGUAAACUCUGUACCUGUACAGAAUUCGUAGCUAUGGAUCCUUCUCACAGUACUUUUUCAGGUGAUGCCUGUAAAAGUUCAAGCCAAGGAACAACAACCGCGAGUACAGAGCCAGCUGCUACUACGAAUACAGAGAAAUAUACAAUCUCAACAAUGAAUCAGCCUUCAGAUACAACAGAUCAGAAUUGCUGUUGUUCAGCGGAUUUUCAAGCCAAGGUAGAAUUCUGGAAAAAUGAAACCAACCAACUUCUCCAUCGCUUAAACUUGGAAAACAGCAUCAAAGAAAUUCAAACUGAAUUGUCAUUGGAAAAGAAAAACCUGUCGUCCAUCGUACGUUCACGGACAUGUGCCCCCGAUCAGCGGGAAUCUGCGGUCGUGGCAGGAUAUAUAGGCGCCAUUGUUAUUAUAUUUGUUAUUUCUGUUAUUAUAAUAAUGGAUUUACCUGUUUUGUUUUUGGAUAUACAAAACUUCUUUAAAAAUUUGAGGAUAGUUAUUCUUGCUUUCAAGCCUUAA